UAUUUCAGUAUAUUUAUGUAUAAAAAGACAACUUGUUUUUUGCAAAUUCUGAUAACUGAACACCUUAAUUAUGAUGGCCCAUUUCUCAAGUUUAUACAGCACUAUUUCAACUCAAACCAAAUGUUUGAGUUCGAGGUUUAUAAUGAGAGCAAGUUUGAUAUGUUUAGUUGCAUCAAUGAUCACUGUUGCAGAAACCAGACAGAAACUAGAAACUAGUUUAAGUGAUCAUGAGAGUAAAGAGAUUAAAUCUGGCAUCUUGAAUUUCUUAUCGCAAAAAACUCAAUUGGGUUAUGCACAUGUCUGGCCGGAGAUGAAAUUUGGGUGGCAAAUUGUGGUUGGUGGCAUAAUUGGAUUCUUUGGAGCAGCUUUUGGGAGUGUAGGAGGUGUUGGUGGAGGUGGUAUUUUUGUUCCUAUGCUUACAUUGAUCAUUGGUUUUGAUGCAAAAUCAUCCACUGCUAUAUCAAAAUGUAUGAUAACUGGUGCAGCAGCUUCAACAGUUUAUUACAAUUUAAAGCUAAGGCAUCCCACACUCGAUAUGCCUAUCAUCGAUUACGACUUGGCGCUCUUGUUUCAACCCGUACUGGUACUAGGAAUAAGCAUUGGUGUUGUUUUUAAUGUGAUUUUUGCUGACUGGAUGAUCACAGUUCUGCUAAUCAUACUCUUCUUAGUCACAUCAAUCAAAGCUUUCUUCAAAGGUGUUGAAACAUGGAAAAAAGAAACAGUUAUCAAAAAGGAUGCUGCACGACUUCUGGCAUCAAAUGGUGAUGAUGGCGAACAAGUCGAAUACAAACCUCUUCCUGGAGGUCCAAGCAAUGGCAACAGACUAGAAUCCAACGAGUCUAGACGAGAAGAGGUUUCUAUUAUCGAAAAUGUUCGCUGGAACGAACUCGGACUUCUUGUAGCUGUCUGGUUAAUUAUUCUUGCAUUGGAAAUCACCAAGAAUUACUCUACAACUUGUUCAGUGCUAUACUGGGCUUGCAAUCUAUUGCAGAUUCCAGUUGCACUUGGAGUUUCUUCAUACCAAGCAGUUAGAUUAUAUAAAGGAAAGACUAGGAUUGCAUCUAAGGGAGAUGCGAACACAAACUGGCGAGUUCAUCAGCUGGUUCUAUAUUGCGCUUGCGGAAUACUGGCCGGUUUAGUUGGCGGCUUGCUUGGUCUUGGUGGAGGAUUCAUUUUGGGGCCGCUUUUUCUGGAGUUGGGUGUCCCUCCUCAGGUGUCAAGCGCUACGGCUACGUUUGCCAUGACAUUUUCUGCAUCCAUGUCUAUUAUAGAGUAUUAUCUAUUGAAACGUUUUCCGGUUCCUUAUGCCUUAUACUUUGUUGCAGUGACGGCGAUCGCGGCCCUGGUAGGGCAGCACCUGGUCAGAAAGCUCAUCAGAAUACUGGGAAGGGCAUCUCUAAUCAUCUUCAUUCUAGCAUUCACAAUAUUUGUGAGUGCAAUAUCAUUAGGUGGGGUCGGUAUAGCAAACAUGGUAGAGAAGAUUGAAAAGCACGAGUACAUGGGAUUUGAUAACAUUUGUUUGUAUAGAGCAUAGAGUUUGACACCCUUUUUCCUCAGUUUUAUUCAAACGCUCACCACGUAUUCGUUUCAGAAGCCUACAACUUUAACCAACCAAAAGAAAGAAUUCAAGAAGGAAAAAAAUGAUGUAUCACUUAGUAUUUAUAGUUAGUAUAAAUAGAGUAUCUAUAUGUAAUGUGCUUUAUUAUGCAAGGCUUCUUACUAUUGUGUUAACUUGAAAAAGAACUGUAUAAACAAAAAUGCAAGCAAUAUUGAUUACUCCAACGACUUACGCGAAA